AGUUGAAAAACAUUACCCAGAAUAUGGCCAAGGACAUUGUAAAAGAAACCAUACACGAUAAAGAGUUCAUAGAUAUGCUGGUUGUUGAACUCGCUACUAAAGUUUGUCAAUUUACGGGAAAACCAGGAAAAUAUGGGUGCGAAAAUCGAUGAGCUGGAACUGACUUCUGAACUAAAUCAACUUGAAGAUUAUGGCAUACCUGAAUGUAGUUCUGAUUUCUUGGAACAAUACGAUCCGAAUCCAUUGCUGAGCCUCUGCAAACGCCGAAGACGUACCUCUACUAGCGUAUCUACAGAAGAAAAGUCUCCAAAACAGCCACCUCAUGUAACAGUAAUCAUCCCUUCACAAGUUUCACCUUCGUCAACUGUACCAGACAUUGAGAAGAAUGACAAUGAUACCAAACCAGUUGAUUCAUACAAGGAAAAGAAAAGACUUAAAAAGAAAAAGAAGGAAAAGAAGUUGUCACAUGAUGCUAAAAAGAAGAAGAAAAAGCAUAGGUGCACGUGUACAGAUGAAAAUUGCAAGCAUAAGCGGCACCAUAAGAAACAUAGAAAGCAUAAACGACAUCAUGAAAAGCGUGAAUCACGACAUGAACCCCGCGAUCAAGUGGCAGCCACAGAGGGAGAUGAUGAAGUUGAAGAAUUAGAGGAGGAGGACGUAGACACGGGAGAGGAAAUUAGGGAAGAAGAAGAUAUGGAGGAUGCUGUUGUGGACGUGGAGGGCGAGGCAAGCAUUUGUAACUCCGAGGAUGAGGUUACCAUGGACGAUAUAAGCAAAGCUAAUGGAAAGACUAAGAAGUCAAAGAAGAGAGACAGGCAGGAAUCUUGUGAAUCCCGAAGUAAGAUUAGUGCAUUCCUGCCAGCGAGGCAAAUGUGGGGCUGGUCUGGAAAGGGCUACAAACGGCAAAGGGGCAAGGGCAGAUCUAAGAAGUCCUUCUACAAGUCUAUCCAACGUGGCAAGGAGUUAAUAACCGUUGGCGAUUCGGCUGUAUUCUUAUCAACUGGAAGACCGGACAGGCCAUACAUUGGAAAAAUAGAAGCCAUGUGGGAGUUGAAUGGCACGAUGGUCGUCAAAGUCAAGUGGUUUUACCAUCCAGAAGAGACCGUCGGAUGCCCAGAGAAUCUGCAGUAUCCGGGAGCUUUGUUCGAGUCUCCCCACGAGGACGAAAACGACGUACAAACCAUAUCCCAUCGAUGCGAAGUUCUACCUUUAUCCGAGUACCUCGAACGUCUUGGCAAUGAUCCCCGUCGUCUAGCUACCAUCUACGACGACAACGACGUGUACUACUUAGCUGGCGGGUACGACCCCACCUCUCAUGUCAUACGCAUGGAACCCGGCAUCCCAUGUAAUGGUACCGAUAGUAGCGAGACGUCCGACUGAAAGUACUGACAGACAAUCGAACACUCAUUUGCAGCUACGGUGGAAUUUUAAUUUGGUAUUCUUCAUGAUUCGUAAUAUGGUGAAAAUGUUGAGACUUCAUCCCCGGGCUUACGAAAUUUUGUAUGACUGAAUACAAUCGAUUUGAGUUUCUGCAAUAUUGAAACAGGAGCUCCAGGAUCUGAUAGAAGAGUGAAACGGGUAUUGACAUAAGCUUAUCCAAUAGCUGAUAUCCAAUGCAAUGUUGUUUUUGAAAAAAGUGGACUGGAUUGUAAUUCAACCGAAUGUGAGUAAACGGGAUAGAAGUAAAUAGGAAAACUAAGCUAAGGGAGGAAAACAACAAUUUUUUAAUGUUUCUGUAGAAGUGUAGGAGCUAUUAGACACUCGACCUUUUUGAGUGAAAGCUUUUGUUUUCCUUUUUGACAUAUAUCUGUGGUAGCUGGUAGAUUUCCUGUUUCAAGCAAUAACAAGUGGCAAUCUUUUGUCAUAACGCAAAAAUUAAAAUAAACUACUAUGGCCUUGUUUCUUUGUAAAAAGUAAUUGGAUGGAGCUAUUACAGUAGAAAAGUAGUUUUUGGAAUUUAUUGUUUGACUGUUGCGCAAGGAUCAGUUUUACAAAAUAAUUUUCAAAAAACUUCGCGCGUAGUAAAAUUUAAUUAUACUCCGUUUACAUUAAAUGGUUUUCUUGCAAAACAGGCUCUCAAAUAUAUAACAAACAAACUAUAAUUCCUACGAUCACAUCAAAAUCUAAACGGAAUAAUCUAAAAUUGUACACCACAAAAGAUUGCCAUCUCAUAUUUUAAAUACUAAAAGGAUAAUAACAUUGUUUAACGUAUUCUAUCCGAAGAUAAACAACCACGUACGGCUGUAUUUCUGUGUCCAAAAAUUAUCCGAGAUGAAAUGAGAUACCAUGAUCAAUGAAAAUUUGUCACAGCCAUGUUUCUCCCUUCCGAUAUAUUUGAAGAUCCAUGUGAAAAGGUUGGCAUCUCAUAGAUGGCGAUAUGGCCAACUAUAUUAGCAUAUAGUUGACUACGCUGCCAUCUACGAGACACUAACGUUUUCAAAGUGGAUUUUUAAUUAUACCGGAGAGGAGAAACAGCUGGGACAAAUUUCAAGGAUGACGCUGGAAUAUCUCACUUAAUCUUGCAUAUUUUUUUUGACGCCGGAAUACCAUAUGAAGUUGGUUAUCUUCAGGUAGAGUAUGUUAAGCAAUGAAAAUAGUGAUUUUUGGUGCUAUACUAUUUUACGUUAUCUGCAUCGUAUCAUGUUAAGUUUCUGUUGUCCAUGUCAGCAUUUUAUCUAGUAGUUGUAUGCAAUGGUGUAUUUGAGAAAAAGGAGUGGUCAAGGAACGAAUAUUUUUAGAGCAAAUAAAGUUCCGGAUCAGGUACGCCAUCUGCAGUUUGCUUUACUUCAUCUAAGGUAAGUCUUCACGUGAUAUUGAAAAUAUAAAGGUCUUCAAGUACGAGAACUUUUUGAACUACAAACGCAGAGCACGUUCAUUUGUAUAUAUUUUCAUCUUUUUGUCAUAUUAUCUUUCACUAUCUCUGAGAUACUCAGCCCCCUCGGAAUCCGUCGUUUACUUAAUGCUUGACCUACCUCUGUGUAUUAGCCUAAGAUAAAAAAAUCGGUCAAUUUUUUUCAUCCACCUAGAUCCAUGAUAAGAAUCAUGACGUCGAUUCAUUAUCACGUAUAGAAGUACCUUAACUAAUAUAUCUACGGACAUCUGUAACGCAAUAAUGAGAAGAACACAGUACAAUUAUACAAUACAAUCUGACAUAUGUGUUUGAAUGUUAGAUUUUCCUACUUGGGCAUUCAGCUGUUUCCAUCUAUGACCGUCUAUGAAUUUCUAUUGAUUAUGGGUUUGGUGGGAUUAUUCUCAUAGUUGCUAUCUGCAAUAGCGAUUUUAUGUCACAUCUGAAACUUAUUUUCUGGAUUUCAUGCUGAUAAUUCGCCAUGUUUUUCUGGCCGUCAACCGAAAUCACCUGUAUAGAAUUGACUGUUUACUGAUGGAUUGGGCCACCCUGGUGACCUUUUUACAGAACUAAUCAAAGUUGACAAUGACAAUAAUAUUCCACAUCAAGCACGUGAAAAUUGUUACAUUUCAGUGCAGUAAAGUUAAAGUGCAGAACGUUUAUUUACACGAUGAAUUUGAACAGUAACUUCACAACGUGCGCUUAAACUGAUCGACAAUAAUCAAAUCCAAGCGAAUAACCAAA